CCUAACCAGCGCGGACCACGCGAAAACCAUUCAAAAGCUGAUAUCUGAUACGGGCCCGCUCAAAAGCGCCUCGGAGUAUGGGUUGCGGCACUCCUUCAUGGAAGACGGCGACGCCGCCACCUUGAGCGUGUGGGCCCCAGACGGCGACGUGCUGGUCGUUACCUCAACCAUCAACAGACAGUUCGGCAGCAUGGUGAUGGUGGACAAGGGUCUGCUGCUCAACAACGCGAUGCACGCCUUCUCGGUGAAAGGCACCAAGAACGCCCUGCGCCUGGAACCUUCGGCUGCGAACCUGCCUCUUCCGGGCAAGAUGCCCAUGUCGUCCAUGGCGCCGUCCAUAGUUACAAACAAGGGCAGAGCCAUCACGGCCAUUGGAGGGGGAGGAGGGUCAGCAGCAAUCUCGGCCUUGCUCUCUGCCAUCAGCCUCACCGGCGAUAAAAAUAUCCUCGGAGCCAAGUUUCUGGCCUCCGAGGUGAACUCCGUUCGCUUCCACCCGAAGCUCGUUCCCUACGAGGUGGAGGUCGAACCAGAGAAGGACACUGCUAAACAGAGUCCGAAAAUUAAGGAAGUGCUCGAAGCACAAGGACACAAGGUAGUCUUCAAAGUCAGAGAGGAGACACACAUUAGCGGCAUUCAAUGGGACGAAAAAACCAACCGCCGCUGCGCAUUUGCUGAUCAUCGCGUCGACGGUGCGGUUAACGGGACGCAAGAAGGGCAAAUAGAAUGACACACCGCCUUGAAUAAAAACUGAGCCAUAUUAAAA